GCCGGGAGCCGCGAAGGAGGGCAGUGACGGGCACGGCUCGGCGCCCGCACCGCCCUCGCCCGAGGGAAGCGCGGGCAGGACCCCGUCCCCGCUCAUUUCUCCGUCUGGACCGCGCCCCGGAGAGAUAUGCUCAGUCCAAACCGCCUGGAAGCGUCUCCUGGGAUUGCCGUGGCCCCCGGGCGUGCGGAGUGCGGAGCGUUCCCUCGGACGGCGGGUGCGGCCCCGCGGAUUUGCCUGCCCUUCGUGCUCAUCCUGCUCGCCCUGACGCCCCGCGCCGACUCCUCGUGGUGGUACAUCGGGGCGCUGGGGGCGAGGGUGAUCUGUGACAACAUCCCAGGGCUGGUGAACAAGCAGAGGCAGCUGUGCCAGAGGUACCCCGACAUCAUGCAGUCCGUCGGGGAGGGAGCCAAGGAGUGGAUCCGUGAGUGCCAGUAUCAGUUCCGUCACCACCGCUGGAACUGCAGCACCCUGGACCGGGACCACACCGUCUUCGGGAGGGUGAUGCUGCGAAGCAGCAGGGAGGCCGCCUUUGUCUACGCCAUCUCCUCGGCAGGGGUGGUUUAUGCCAUCACACGUGCCUGCAGCCAAGGGGAGCUGAAGGCCUGCGGCUGUGACCCGCUGAAGCGCGGUCGUGCCAAGGAUGAGCGCGGGGAGUUCGACUGGGGUGGCUGCAGUGACAACAUCAACUAUGGCAUCCGUUUCGCCAAAGCCUUCGUGGAUGCCAAGGAGAAGAAAGUGAAGGACGCGCGGGCGCUGAUGAACCUGCACAACAACCGCUGCGGCAGGAUGGCUGUGAAGCGCUUCCUGAAGCUGGAGUGCAAAUGCCAUGGGGUCAGUGGCUCCUGCACGCUAAGGACUUGUUGGCUGGCUAUGUCGGAUUUCCGGAAAACAGGGGAUUACCUGCGGAAGAAAUACAAUGGGGCCAUCCAGGUGAUCAUGAACCAGGAUGGUACCGGCUUCACCGUGGCCAACAAGAACUUCAGGAAGCCCACAAAGACAGACCUUGUGUAUUUUGAGAACUCACCCGACUACUGCGUGAUGGACAAGUCAGCAGGCUCACUGGGCACCGCAGGGCGCGUGUGCAACAAGAUCUCCCGUGGCACCGAUGGCUGCGAGGUGAUGUGCUGCGGGAGGGGCUACGACACCACCCGUGUCACCCGCGUCACCAAGUGCGAGUGCAAGUUCCACUGGUGCUGCGCUGUGCGCUGCAAGGAGUGCGAGGACACUGUGGAUGUGCACACGUGUAAAGCGCCCAAAAGGGCCGAGUGGUUGGACCAGACCUGAGGAGACGAGUGGCAGAACCUGGCUGUAAAACCCCCCCCCCCCCCCCCCGAACCUUUUCCAGUUUUAAACACCUGUGCCCUGUGGGCCGCCGCUUUCUGGGAGCUGUAGUUUGACUGCAUGGCUUUUAUUUAAUUAAUUAACUCUGCAAAGCACUACGAAAGGACUACAUUUCCCAGGAGGUGCUGUGGACCCUUCUAUUUGCUCAGCAAAACAGAACCCCGUUCCCAGGAGGCAGCCAACCUCGCUUCAACUGUGAAACUUCUGCUGCCGUCGUUCCCUUCGCGGAGGGACAGUGCAACUGACACAGACUGAGAGGACUGACAUUGGGAUGCAGUGAUGGAGCAACGCUGCCUCUUCCCAACUUUACAUUGAAGUUUCACCAGCAAAAAGAAAAACAAAAAAACAACCCAAAAAAACAACUGUUUCUGAAUAAUAAACUCUCGCAGACAGCAUUCUUGCUUUUACCUUUCUGCAAGGCCAGAGGAAGGGUGUUGCAAAGUCUUCAGAAAGCUCCGUAUCUCCGUGCUUCCCUCGAGCAGCCCUGGCACGCUGUCCCCACUGCACUACUGACACUCGCUGAGCAACUUCUGCAGAGUCUUUUCCCUGUGUCCCAGCGAAGAUGACAAGCAGAGUUGUGAACUGUCAGCUGAAGCCUGAACGACUGCAAAAAGACAAAGGCUACAGAAGAAGGCCGUAGAAGUUUGCAGACAAAGCGUUAGAGAAAGCAAACGAGAUCUGUGAACUUACUGGUAGGUUUGGAAGUUGACGGAUACAAGAGCAUCUCUCUGUAAAACUCACUUGUAUGUGGUGUAUACUGCUUAUUAUUUUAAGUCAAAAUUCAUUAUAAACCUAUAUCAGAAAA